CCACAUUUCACAAUAAACAAUCCUAAGCCGCUUACAAUCGCAUAAAAAAAAAUCUUUAAAAAAUGGUUUUGUUAAAAGGUUGGAAAUAUGCUGCAAUGGUCAGUUCAGUUAUUGGCGUAAUUGGUUUAGCGAUCUAUCCGAUAAUAGUCAGCCCUAUGAUAAAUCCAGAGCCUUACAAGAAACAGCAAUCAGUUAACAGGAGGGGAAUAAAACAAGAGGAAGUUCAACCAGGAAACAUGAAAGUAUGGUCAGAUCCUUUCGGCAGGCCAAAAGAGGCAUUUGAAAAAUAAUGCACCCCUCACGUUGUAUGUAUAGAAAAACCCUUUGUGUAUGAAACAUUAAAACACCUGAAAGUAUACAUGCAUUGAUCGUUUCCUUCCCUGAA